AUGGGGAAUAAAAGUUUAUCAUUUUUAAAUAUUAAAAGUAGUGCAACACCUAAUGAGAUUUUAUCAAUAAUUCAAUUAAUUAUUAAAAAAUUCUCUGCACUUUCAAAAUUAGAAGAAGCAAAAAUAAUGAAAACAAUAAUAAUAACCGAUCGACUAGGAAUACCAUCAGAAUUAACUUAUUCUAAUAAAGAUGAUUAUCAAAAAUUAUUAAAUUAUUUUUAUUCAUUAUUAAUAAAAAUUAAAGGUGUCCAAAUUCAAGAUGUUUUAAAAGCGAGAUCGUUGUUGGGAAAUGAAGGUAUUGAAAUUAAACAUACAAUUUAUCAUUCAACAUAUUAUAUUCAAAUUAGAUCAGCAAAAUUGAUAAAAUAUAUUCAAUCAAAUCCUUUAAAUAUUGCUAUUAAUAACUCUACAAGAAAUGUAUAUAUUAAUGAAUCAUCAUUCACAUUUGAUUAUUUAUUAAAAGGAAGUUUCACUAGUAGUAAAAAUGGCACAAUUUAUCAAUUUGAUACACCAUUUGAUUCGAUAUUAAAUAAAUUAUCAAUUAGUUUAUUACCAAAAGAAAAUUCAAAUGAAAAUAUUAAAUUAUCAUUUCAAUCUGAUUUAAAUUACUUUUUAAAUAUUAGAAGAAUUGAUUUAUUUUGGAAUAGAUUAGAAUUAAUUUAUAAUUAUAAUAAUAAUCAUAAUAGUAAUAAUAAUAAUAAUAAUAAAAAUAAUAAUAAUAAUAAUAAUAAUAAUAAUAAUAAUAAUAAUAAUAAUAAUAAUAAUAAUAAUAAUAAUAAUAAUAAUAAUAAUAAUAAUAAUAAUAAUAAUAAUAAUAAUAAUAAUGGUGUUUCAAUAUUAUUAACAAAUGAAUAUUUUUAUAAUUCUCCAUUUGAAAAAUUAAAAUCAACUAGUAAAUUAUUUGAAAAUGAAAGAGAUCAAAUUUAUUUGAUACCACUAUUGAACCAUCCAAUUGUGGCUCAAUUUAAUGAUAUUACAUUUAAUAAUAAUUUAAUAUUAAAAGCUUGUCCAAUAGUUGCAGUAUUUAAAAUACCAGAUCAUACAUUAGAAUUACUAUGUAAAAUUAUAACAAUUGAAGAUUUUGAAAAAUUAAUUAAAUAUCAAUUUUAUAUUUCAAAUUUCAUUGACAAGAUUUAUAAAAUUUCAAUUUCAUGUUAUAGAUGGGAUUUAGUUAAAUUUUUAAUUGAGAAUUUUAAUAUAGAUUUGUUAAAUUCAAUAAGAGGAGGAAGAGGAGGAGGAGCAAAUUUUAAUAUUACUUAUUUAGAAUUCAAAUUUUUAGUUGAAAAUAAUUAUAUUUUCAAUAAUUCAUCAGAUCAACAGUCGAUUGAAAUUGGAAAUGAAACAGUUCAAACUUUAUUUUUAAGUUGUCUAAUUGAUUAUCUCUUUUCAACUGAUGGAGUAUUAAUUAAAUUUUCAAAUCAAAUUGAAGCUUUAGUUUCUAAACAAUUUAAUCAUUCAAAUGACCAAGUGGAUGUUAUUGAUAAUGUUAUGGAUCUAUAUUUAGAUUUUAAAAAUAAAAUUCAAGGUUAUCAUCAAUUAGAAUUUAAUAUAGAUCAAUUUGAAAAUGAUAUUAGUAUAAUAAAACCAUUAGUUGAAGUAUUAAAAAGAGAAGAAGUUCAAAUUAUGUUAAAGAAAAGAAUUGAUUCGUUUAAUGAAUUUAAAUCACAACAAUAUAAAGAAGAAGAAGAAGGUGAUUUAAAAAAAACUAUAUUUCAUAAAAGUUUUAUAAAAGGAGAUAUUAGAUUUUGUGAUUUUCUUUUAAAUCAAUACCCAAAUCAAUUUACUAUUUCAAAACUUGGAAUUACUGAUGCAAUCAAUAAUAAUAAUAUUCAAAUCAUAAAAUAUUAUUAUAAUAUUUAUAUUAAAAAUAAUAAUGAAUUAUUAAAUCUCUUAAAAGAUUUAUUAAAAACACAUGAAAAUUAUAAAUAUGAUUUUAAUUGGUUAGACACUUGUUUAUAA